AUGUCCUAUUUAAAAAAACUUGGAUUAUUUGGAAUUAGAAGUUAUGGCGAUUAAAAUGAUGAAAAAUAUGAAGAAAUUCAUUUUUUUAAGCCAUUAACAUUAAUAUUAGGAUGUAAUGGUACUGGAAAAUCAACAAUAAUUGAAGCUUUAAAAGUAAUUACAACAGGCUAAUUUCCUCCAAAUUCAGGAAAUGGAAAGAGCUUUAUAAAAGACCCAAAACUUUAUAAUUAAAAUGAGAGUCAAGGAUCAAUAUCUCUUAUAUUUAAAUCAAUUUAUAAGAAAUAAAUUUUAGUAAGAAGACUAUUUAAACUUAAAAGAGAUGCGAAUGAAAAAUUAACUUUUGAUUCUAAAGAUUAAACUAUAUAAGUAAGAGAUGAAAAUGGAAAAGAUAUAUAAAUUUCACACAAAGUAAUUUAUUUUUACUAUUAAAAAAAUAGAAAUAUAUAUGUAUUUUUUAGUGUGUAGAAAUAGAAAAAUAAGUGCCUUAAUUAUUAGGAGUUAGUAAAGCAGUAUUUGAAAAUGUAAUUUUUUGCCAUUAAGAUGAUUCUUUAUGGCCUUUUGGUGAUAAUUCUACAUUAAAGAAUAUUUUUGAUGAACUUUUUGAUACAAAAUAAUUUAUGAAGUUAUAAGAUUAAUUAAAAAAGAAACAACGAGAAUAUAAAAAAUAAAUAAAAGAAUUAAAAACAGAAAACACAUUUUUAAAAUAAAGAAGUGAAGAUGCAAUUACUAAAAAAUAAUAAUUAAUAGAAUAAACAGAAGAAUUAUAAAAAGAAAGUUUAGAAUUAAAGGAAAAAUAGAAAAACUAUAUUAAUUAAAUGAAGAUUUUGGAAAAAAAGGGGAUUAGUAGGAAAUAAUUGAAAAAAUAUAGAAUGAAAAUAGAAAUUAAAUUAAAAUAGAAAUGGAAAUUGAAGAAAGAGAAAAAAAGAAGAGAAAAAUAAUAAAUGAAAUAGGACAAGAAUAGGCUUAUUUUAAAGAAUUAAAAAAAGAGGAAAUUUAAAAUUUAUUAGAGGAAAUUUUGAAAUAAAAGUAGGAUUUUAUAUAAUAAAAAAGUCUUAUUUAAUAAUACAAUAAUGAUUUGGAAGAAGAAAUAAAAGAAAUAAAAGAAAUGAUGAAUAUUUUGAAGUAUUCGAAUGUAAAUUAGGAGAUUUUGAAAUAUAAGAAUGAAUUAAAUAAGAUUUUAAAGAAAAAUUUAGAUAAUGAAGAUUUGCUUUUGGAUUAGGUGAAAAAAUUCGAGGUUUAAAAUAGAAAUUUUUAUGAGGAAGAAUAGGGAGCUUUAAAAUUUUAAUUUGAAUAAAAUUAAUAGACUUAUUAAAAUUUUUAAAAUAAAAUUUAAACUAAUAUAUAAGUUUAAUGCGAAAAUCAAUAAAAAUAUUAACAAAAUGAAAAUAAUUUAAAGUCUUUUUAAGAAAAAAUGGAAAAUAGUUCCAAAAUAUUUGAAAAAGAAUAAAAUUUGGCUAAUUUAGUAUAAGAAAUGGAUAUUAAUAAAAAAAAUCUUGAAAAAAUAGAAAAUCAAAUUAAUUAAGAAAAUUCUGUUUUAGAAAAUAAAUAAAUUUAAUAUAAUUCUAUUAAUGAAAAAAUACAUCUUUUGAAUAGUUAGCCAGUAUUUUCGAUGUAUUAGUAAAUGUAAAAGGAUCUCUUGAGUUUAGUUUAGGAAAAAGAAGAUUUAGAGGAAUAAUUAGGGACGAAUAUAAUCAAUAU